GCACAUCUUCCCGCCACACUCUUACUCAUAACGGGAAAUUUGCGUAUUACACAAUCACCAUCUCGCCACAUCAUGACUUCCCAUGAUUUUCCCGCGAGCCCUCACGCACUAUCCUCUCAUAUCAAAACCCUUAUAUACCAUCUCCUCAACCCUCAUCUCUCUCCACCUGCUCGCCUUCUGUUCAAACUACGACUCCCAAGCACAAUGUCCCAACAGCCAUUACACACUCUGACGGCGACGCAAGCGCUCAAUCUCCUCCGAAACGACACCAUCACCGUGGAAGAAUACGCGCGCGCUCUUCUGCGCCGCAUCAAUGAAAGAGAUGACGUAGUAAAAGCAUGGGCUUUUCUUGAUGCAGCAGUUGUCAUUCAGCAGGCGGAGAAACUCGACCAGCUACCACGCAACAAACGGGGACCUUUGCAUGGCGUGGCUGUAAACAUCAAGGAUUUCAUUAAUACUAGAGACAUGCCCACUCAGUACGGCUCGGCUCUUUACAAAGGCCAUCAGUCAGGUUUCGACGCAUCCGUGGUCGGUGUAUUGAGAACUGCCGGGGCUCUCAUUUUCGGUAAGACUACUACCACCGAGUUCACCGUCGCCAAUUCUGGCCCUGACACUACGAACCCGCGUGAUCCAAUUCGCACCCCAGGAGGAUCUUCUUGCGGCUCAGCAGCAGCCGUGGCUGACUGGCAAGUGCCACUCAGUCUGGGGACGCAGACAGGCGGGAGUGUGAUCCGUCCAGCGUCAUAUAACGGUGUGUUCGGACUGAAACCGAGUUGGGGCGUGAUCGGGACUGAAGGGGUUAAGAAUGUUGCCGUGUCGUUUGACACUGUCGGGGUUUUUGCGAGGAGCGUGGAGGACCUCCAACUGUUCUGCGAUGUGUUUGGGAUCGCGGACGAUGGGCGGGACUUUGCUUCUCCAACGGAGGAUAUGAAUGUUGCGGUUGUGCGCCACGGCGUUCGCGUCAACGCCGUCGACCUUCCCCAGGACAUUGGCGAGAGCAAAGCCAUCGAAGAAAUGUGCAGCACGAUCAUCGCCCACGAAGCUGCGCCCGCCUUCCUACACCAAUAUCGAUUAGACAAGACGCGGUUGGGCCCUUCGAUCUGCAGGAUUGUGGAGAAUAGCGCAAAUAUCACACAUGUAGCGUACACACACGCCGCAAACAGGCUUUUCCGUAUGCGAACAACCCUCAAUGCUUUUCUGGGGGAAUACACAGUUGUUAUUACGCCGAGUGCGGUAGAUGAAGCGCCCGUAGGGCUCCACGACAUGGGUAGUGCGGUGUUCAAUACGCUUUGGACGGGAGUUCAUGUCCCCGUGAUAAAUAUUCCUGCUUUCGAGGGUCUAAAUGGUAUGCCUGUUGGUGUGUCGUUAGUAGCUGGGAGAUACCGAGAUCGGCAUCUCUUGCGGGUUGCUGAGGUACUAGGUGGAUCAUUGAUAGACGGGGUUGGUUGGAAGGGAAUAGAAUAUGCUUAGU